UAAAUACGUGCUGUAUAUCACUGUACUGACCAACAAACUAUUAUAUCACUUGAAAUGAACGCGUGUCAUAUCCACUGAAGCUGACUAGAGGAAACGACAUGACACGCUUGCCACCACGGGGCACAAUAAGCAGACUCCCGCCAAUUUCCAGAUAGCAGGCGACAUAUUUCAUGAGAAAGCAGCCUUUACUUGAUAACAUUAAAGCUACAAUCAUUUUAAACCAAGCGUUAAUCUAUAUAGACUCGGUCAUAAAUAAACUGCAGAAUACAUUAAAGCAACCUACAAACAAAAUGUGUAUUAAGCCCCAUUAUACACGUCAUUUAAUACGCAUUAUAAAUUGAUAUACCGCGAAGGUCUCCAUGCAGCUAUAGCGGGACUAUACGAGUGAUUCUCAUCUUUACUGUGCAUUUCAUCCAUAAGGGUACAAUUGUGAGCACCGCCGCCUGUCUGUUUAGAAGAAUUGUGUUACGUUUUACAGCGGUGACAAUUGAUAAAUUUCCCACUGGCGUUUAAGCGACGAGAGAUGGACGUUUAAAUAGUUUUAACACAUAAACUUUUUAUUGGAUUAAUUUGUUUUUCUUGUGUGGAAUUUGGCUGGAAGAAACAAAAUCGAAAGAUGAUGAACCUAAUAUGGAAGAAAAUAUCAAUGUACCGUUUACACGAAGUUGGAAAUGUGGAAAAUUUUUCAUAAGGGCGAGCAUUAUUUGUAGUCAGUGUGUACGUGUUUUUAAAAGAUGCGAGUUUGUUAUGGCAGAGUCGAUACACAAUAGUGUUACACGUAAAAAUGAACUGAAAGGAAGAGAGCGUACCUUUGUGGAUUAAGGAUAUAUUUUAGUGAUCUAAUACUAAUUCAUGGAGUAAAUAAAUUACACAUUCGGUGGAUUAUCAGUGGAUUAUUUAAUUAUUUGUAGAUUAAUUAGUGUUAUAAACGAAAUUUGUUUCUAUGAUUUGUGUAUCUUCAAAUGGCUGCGGAAUGUUCGGAAAAUUCAAUGACAUUCGACGAGCCAAACAAUCGAAUCAGUGUGUCUGGGAAGAGCAAGAGACGAAAAGGGAGAUCUUACAUCCCCGCAUCCCUUCUCUAUAGACCAUAUCCUUCUGGUGUCUUACUCAGGAGAGCUUCAGUGAGUGGAAGGUUGGAGGAAGUGGAAAGGUUCCGAGAGACAGGAAUUGUAGAAAUACGGUGCCAGCAUUGCCAGAAAAGACAAUCUCAUACAAAGUGGACCAAAAUCAAAAUGUUGCGUGUUCUAGGACAGUGUGUGUUUUUUUUAAUAUUUAUUGCCACCUGUGCUGGACUUAUUUUAAACAAAACUCUAGAUACAGAUUAUGAUAUUUCACAUGAACAUGUCGACCAGUAUAUAGACUCAGAUAUAUUAAUGGACGUGCAAUUAAAUCCGGUGACAUUAUCAGAUUUUAGAAAAACUGUUCGUGGUGCAAGUAAUCCGUAUGAUUUAAUACGAAUAUUCUUAAAGGAGAAAGACAUUUCAGAUAAUCAGAUCCAUGAACUUUUAACAGCUAAAACAAUAGAGACACUGUUAACGGGAAAACGAGAGAUUAAACGCCAAGAUGAAUAUUAUGAUUACGAUACUGAAAAAAUGUUGUCUUCGGGAACCAAUCAAAUGGAAGAAGAAUUAGCUGAAGCCUACCAUCACAUUGAUGAGAUGGAGACAAGCCGACUUGGUCAGUGUAAAUAUCCGCAACCAGAAAUAGUUCACAUAGAGGAUGAAAAUAACGAGAAUAAGAUGUAUUUCCCAGAAUGCACUGUUUUACACAGGUGUCGCAACGUCACUGGUUGCUGUGGAAACGCAACACAAGAAUGUGGUCCAAAAACGAUUAAAAUUGUGACAAAAACAUUUUUAGUAUUAACAAUAACUGACCCGACGUCUGGCUCAGUCCUUCCUCAUAAAAACAUGGUGAUGUCCCUCCCGUUUGUUAACCAUACCGAGUGUGGCUGCAAGGAAAGAAAAGGUCUUCCAGGCUGCCACCAAGAAUGCCCGUCACCGUUUACCAAAUUUCGUCCUGACGUAAAAUGUGUAUGUGAUUGUUUAGAGGCACCUAACGAGGAGAAUUAUCUCUGUGAAAGUAUGAAGGAUGGAUUAAUACCGCUAGCAGAACGAGAUUUAAUAUGCAUUAAGACCGGACGAUGCAUGCCGCCAUUAUGCAAUAAUAAAAAGGGACAGUUUGACGUAAGAAGUGGUUUCUGUCCAGAAUUAGAACCAGACGAGUUGGGGCUGAAAGGUUACAUCCAGAAAACACCAACAAAUACGAGUCAUUAUAAAUCUGAAGAAAAAACAAAUAACCAUGUAGCAGUCGAAAAAAUAAAAAAAAAUAAGGCUGGUGACGAAACGGGCAAACAUAAAGCAGACGAUAAACCUAAUAAAAGUAAAAAUAAAAAUAAAAACGGAAGUCGGAAUAGAAAAGCGAAGAAACGCGGGAAAUGAGAUAUAAGUGAUGUAUUAUUAAGUGUACAUUUUUCUACCUCUAUAUGCUCGACGAUGUGUGAUUGUUCCGGUCAUUAUCACUUCCGGAAUAACGUGAUCACAUAAUUGAUGACGUGAUCACAUAAUUGAUGACGUGUUCAACGUACCUCUUUGACGUAUACAGUGAAUAUGGUGGCCAUCAUCAUCAUAGUGAAGUACUAAGUAUUUAAAAAAGAGCAUAAUAUUAGGAAGAAUAUCAAUGUAAAAUAAGUAUAUUUUAGUGAAAAAUGUAGAUACAAUGUAUUUAAGUUAUUAAUGAGUGGUAUAGAUGGAAGGAAUACAUUUGACCACAGGGACUUGGUGUGCUGAUUUCUAACUGGAAUAACAAUGAAGAGAAUGUGUUACCAUGUAGAAAGAGUCGCUCCGUAAUCAUAUUAGAACACAACACCAUGAAUACAAGGGCAUUCUCUUACAUACCAACUCCCACACGUAGGAUAUACAAUCGGCGAUGGUCAAGUCCCUCUCUUGUCUUUUAGCGGACUGAAUGAAUACAAGGGCAUUUUCCCAAGCGUAGGAUCUACAAUCGGCGAUAGUCAAGUCCCUCUCUUGUCGUUUAGCUGAUUGAAUAAAGACGCACUGUUACGUGUUCUGCAAGAAGUCGAAAGUUUAGGGAAGAAACUACUGCUACCAAUGGUGCUGGCAAUACUACGCCCGGGGGCUGUAUUCAUGGCGAUGGCGGGAAUUACGAAUAUGACGAUCGUGAAUAAAUAUCUAUUUUCGUGACUUAUAUCUGAAUGUAUAUCGAGUAUAUUUAUAUAUAAAGACUAUACUAUACCUCAAUCAAGUUCAUGCAAUAAUUUCCUGUAUUAUCCGUCGCACCUUGUUUAUCUUAUAUAUACUAGAAUAUAAGUUAUAAAUCAGCUACUA